AUAUUACUAUUUUUAUUCCUAUCUUACUUACGAAAGAACUGAGCCAGGAAGAGGUUGCCCAAGGCCACACAGUAAGCUGCAGAGCUGGGACUGGAACUCAGGCAGUCUAUCUCCAGCUGUGCUCUUAUUCACUUUGCUAUACCACCCUAUACUGCCUCUAUGAGACCACAGAAAACCAGAUACAUAAAUCAGAUACUCAAUAGAAUAAAGGACAAUGAAAAAUAUUUACAAACUUAUGGGACACUCAUUUGAGAAGUAGAAAGGAGGCGUGAAGUGAGGCCAGACCCAUGUAAAAUGGGACGAAGGCCACAUAAAAAUAGCCACAAGAGUUCCAUGGGCAGCCUGGGGCUGGGCAAAAAGGCCCUCUAAUUUAUUUAGAGAAUAGAGGAGGCUGUUGGAAAGACGUAGGAGUUAUAAAGAACCAGUUCCUGGCACUGUUUUGUGUCGAUAAAAAUUUUCCUUUAUUACAUAGAAAUCAGAUAAUGCAAAUUAAUAAAAACAAAACUCCACAAUACUGUUAACAUGAGUUUUUAUAUCCAGCCCACAUCACUUUAUGAACUUUAUUGGCUAGUAAGCAGAUAUGCUUAAUAAAUCAAAGUAAACUGUUUAUAACGGUAGGCGGGUUAAGUGCAAUGAUCUACCUGAUACCAUCUCCGAGGAAGCUUUUAGAAGCCACUAUCAGUGACUCAUUUCCCAUAACGAGGGGAUUACGUGUGGACAGAAGCAAGUGAAAUAGCCCUUAACAUAUCUUCCCUUUAACCCCAGGCUGCCAAUACCACCCCAAAUCCAACUCAUCUCACAGAAGGGGAAACUGAGUCUUAUGGAGCGGAAAUGACUUGGAUGAAAGUCCUGACACAAGAGUCCAGGGCUCUUCCCACUUCGUCACAAAUGCAGACUUAAUUCUACCCUUUUCCUUGUAACCAUUCAGGGCAAGUAAGUCAAUACUGAUUUCAAAGCCCUUCAGAAAACGUGAGCACACACCUACUCUACAGGGGAAAGACUUCCUUCAUCAAAACUUCCUCUUGCUGCUGUUUAGACCGCCUUCCUCUCCCUGGGCCCUGAGAGGUGCCCAGAAAAUGACAGAAAACAUCAUCCACGGCAACACUCCUAAAAUCUUCAAAGUAUCAAAUGAAUGAGGCCACAGAUACUCCUGGGUUAUCACGCCUUGUUAUUCCAGGCAGGGGCGACUGCAGCGAAUGCAGUUUCCCGUUGGGCAGGGAGCCGUCCCAACAGCCUAAACCUACAAAGCCCCGGCCCACCCGCAAGGCGCGGGGGAGGCUCGGCCAGCCCCCCCGCCGAGGCCAGAGAUUCGCGGAAGCCUGCCCGGCAGGCAGAUACCGGUCCCGGGGCCCAGCUCGCUUGGGGACUCUGGUCCGGGCCAGUCGCUUCCUCCAGCCCGUUCCGCCGCCAACUCAGUAACCGCGCGCAGCCCCACCCUCCACCAGGCUAGGCGCGGGCGCGGUCACGUGAGGCGGGCCCGCGGAACCAAUGGGUACCUCGCGCGGAAUGGAAGGGAUUGUCUGACCCCCAUGACGUCACAAAGCCGGCGGGGAGCGCGCCGCUCUUCCGCUCCCACGCGCGGGGCCGCGGACCGCUCUCCUCCUCUCCGCCCACUCGCCACUGCGCAGCCAAUCGGAAGGCGGGAAGAGCUCCGGCCCGACCGUGUGGGCGGGGUAGGGUGGCGGCCCUGCGGGGCAGGGUCGCUGAGUGGGCCGGGCUGGGGCAAGGGGCCGAGCUACAGGGAGUUGCGCCGGGCUGCGUGGAAGUACCGCCCGGAGGUGCCGCCGUUGCGGCCGCCUCCUUGUUGAGAAGAAGCGGCUCCUCCCCUGCCGUGCCCGGUUCGUAUUCCCUACUCCGGGUCACGAACCGGCCCGUCCGGAAUCCUCCUCCACCAGCCCAAAGUUGUGAGGUGGCGGCCGGCGCGCGUGGGGAGCGGCGGCCGCGGGCGUGCGGAGGGACUAGCCCCGGAGCGCCAGGAAUCCCAGUCAGAAGUUCCAGCCUGCCGCUGUUCUCUGAUGCCAUGCCAGCACCAACUCAACUGUUUUUCCCUCUGAUCCGUAACUGUGAACUGAGCAGAAUCUAUGGCACUGCGUGUUACUGCCACCACAAACAUCUCUGCUGCUCACCCCCUUACAUUCCUCAGAGUCGCCUGAGAUAUACACCCCAUCCGGCUUAUGCUACCUUUUACAGGCCAAAGGAGAGCUGGUGGCAGUACACCCAAGGAAGGAGAUAUGCUUCCACCCCACAGAAAUUUUACCUUACACCUCCACAAGUCAACAGCAUCCUGAAAGCUAAUGAAUACAGUUUCAAAGUGCCAGAAUUUGAUGGCAAAAAUGUCAGUUCUGUCCUUGGAUUUGACAGCAAUCAGCUGCCUGCGAAUGCACCCAUUGAGGACCGGAGAAGUGCAGCAACCUGCUUGCAGACCAGAGGGAUGCUUUUGGGGGUUUUCGAUGGCCAUGCAGGCUGUGCUUGCUCCCAGGCGGUCAGUGAAAGACUCUUUUAUUAUAUUGCUGUCUCUCUGUUACCCCAUGAGACUUUGCUAGAGAUCGAAAAUGCAGUGGAGAGCGGUCGAGCACUGCUCCCCAUUCUCCAGUGGCACAAGCAUCCCAAUGAUUACUUCAGUAAGGAAGCGUCCAAAUUAUAUUUCAACAGCUUGAGGACUUACUGGCAAGAGCUUAUAGACCUUAACACUGGGGAGUCAACUGAAAUUGAUGUUAAGGAGGCUUUGAUUAAUGCUUUCAAGAGGCUUGAUAAUGACAUCUCCUUGGAGGCUCAAGUUGGUGAUCCCAAUUCUUUCCUCAACUACCUGGUGCUUCGAGUGGCAUUUUCUGGGGCCACAGCUUGUGUGGCCCAUGUGGAUGGUGUUGACCUUCAUGUGGCCAAUACUGGUGAUAGCAGAGCCAUGCUGGGUGUGCAGGAAGAGGACGGCUCUUGGUCGGCAGUCACUCUAUCUAAUGACCACAAUGCUCAGAAUGAAAGAGAAGUGGAACGCCUGAAAUUGGAGCACCCAAAGAAUGAGGCCAAGAGUGUGGUGAAACAGGAUCGGCUGCUAGGCUUACUCAUGCCUUUUAGGGCUUUUGGAGACGUAAAGUUCAAAUGGAGCAUUGACCUUCAAAAGAGAGUGAUAGAAUCUGGCCCAGACCAGCUGAAUGACAACGAAUAUACCAAGUUUAUCCCUCCUAAUUAUUACACACCUCCUUAUCUCACUGCUGAGCCAGAAGUAACUUACCACCGAUUAAGGCCACAGGAUAAAUUUCUGGUAUUGGCGACUGAUGGAUUGUGGGAGACAAUGCAUAGGCAGGAUGUGGUUAGGAUUGUGGGCGAGUACCUAACAGGCAUGCAUCACCAACAGCCGAUAGCUGUUGGUGGCUAUAAGGUGACUCUGGGACAGAUGCAUGGCCUUUUAACAGAAAGGAGAGCCAAGAUGUCAUCGGUAUUUGAGGAUCAGAAUGCAGCAACCCAUCUAAUUCGCCAUGCUGUGGGCAACAACGAGUUUGGGGCCGUUGAUCACGAGCGCCUCUCCAAAAUGCUUAGUCUUCCUGAAGAGCUUGCUAGGAUGUACAGGGAUGACAUUACAAUCAUUGUAGUUCAGUUCAAUUCUCAUGUCGUAGGGGCAUAUCAAAACCAGGAAUAGUGAGUGGAUCUUACCCUGGCAGUUCUCAAGUGAAACAGAUUGAAAGAGCAGAUAGAUUUUUUUAAAGAUACUAAUAUAGUAAACAUUUCCAGUGGGUCACUCUAAGCAUUUCCCCAUUUGCUACUCUAGUCAGCCAAGUAGUCCAAAUUGACUUUGUAGCAGGGUGGCGGGAUCCUGAGUCUGCUUCUGCUUACCUCGGACCUGACAGCACUUGCACUUGAGGCACGUCAGUUCCCUACUGCAGACGCCUUAUGACAUUGGCUUCUUUUUUCAAUCUGAGAAAAUCAGGAUGACCUUAUAAACAGGAUCUUGAAUAGGCCCAAAGCAAGGAACUUGCUGGGCAUAUUCUCUUGGUAAAAAGAAAAAACAUUACCGUUCACACCUGCAGACCCCUUUCAUCAGCAAGAUUCCACUGUACAUGAGAACAUUUAUUUAUUGCAUGAUCUCCUAGAUAUACAACCUAUGCAUUAUUCAUAUAACUUUAUUUUAACCUGAAGUAGUUUUCAAAUCCAGUGCUUUAAGCCAUAAAGGACCGAGAACCAAGUAUUCUGAAUUUGUAAGUGUGUGUGAUUAUUUGACUGGAAUCCUUCUUAAAUGGAAAAACAAAUGCUACCCCCUUCCCCACCCCUGAUUACAUAAUGUGAUUGAAACAUUUUCUAUCUCGCCACACACUUGAAGACGGUAAAGGUGUUUAGUUUUAUCUACUCUUAUUGAUGUUAAAUAAAGGAAAAAUAAUUUUUUCAGUUUAUAUUAAUGAAAAGCUUUAUUUAGUUUGAAAUAAAAGAUCCAGAAUGAAGAGAAGAGACUGAUAUGUUCAAUUACUGUCAUCUGCAACCACCAGCACAUCACUCUUAUCGUGUAAUCCCCUGAAGCGUGGCAUGCUGUGUGUGCUGGGUAGACUGCUGCUGGGAAAUCAUACUUCUAAUUUAGUAGUGAUAAUAAUUUUCAUCACUUUUGGACCUUUAAGGAUGACACAUAAAAUAAAUUUAAAUAUGUAAUUUUGGGGAGUAAGGUUCAAUAUUACUUUCGGGUGUUGAAAUGAGGAGGAAGUUUUUUGUUUUUCCCCACUUAGAUGUAGGUCAAUUAAAAUAAUUGGUUUAAAAAUUACUAAAUGCUUUAAACAUAUUGUAGCUUAUAAAUAGGAAUGUUAAGAUAUAUACAUGAGAAAUUUUUAAAGGUAACUAUUGUGCAUGCCUGAUGCUUAAUGGAAAACUUAGCAGCAUCAAGUAUUGUUUGCAGCAGUCGCCAUAAUUAUAUGCAGUCUCUUCCAAUGCUGUAUCAAAGUAAAUGAAAAUAAAUAUAUUCAAAUUGGCUUUUGGGGAGCUUAUUUAAUAUGCAUCAAAUGGCAUUUUGUUCCUGUGUUUAAUGGUGAUCCAUGUACAGCUGUGCAUAUAUUUUCAUCACUUAUUGUAGCAUCACUGAUAAAAGAAUGGCUAUGACUAUGUCUGAUUUUCACAUAGAUUUUAAUACAAAACAUGAUCAGUUUUCCCUUGUGUAAUUAGUUGAGGGGUGUUUAGGUCCUUUCGGAUUCUGUAGAAUAUGAACUAGAUAUUCAAGGACUCCCUCUGGACUGUGGACACUGAAGCAAGGUAGAAUUGGCUGCAAAAUUUGUUCUAACUGAAAAUAGACUCAGGAAGAUUGCAGCUCAGAAGACCAUAUAAUGUUUGUUUUCUGAGGUCUAUUUUUUUUCCGUUUUUUUUUUUUUUUUUUCCCUUGAGUCAGCUUGGAACUUUCCUCCCAGGCAGUAUUUUGGAGGGGGAAAAGCUAUUGUACUAUAUACUUAUUUAUAAAUGUUUUGACAGAGACUUCAUCUUUUAAUGAAAUAUAUGUAGAAUGCAAUAGCAGUUAAAACUCAUUUUCAGGCUACUAUUUGAAUUUCUCUUGAACACCACCACUAAAGAGUUCCACAUUAUCUUAUACUUAGUAAAGUCUUGUCUCUGUAUAGUACAGUAUAUAUAAAUUUGGUUUCCCAUGGUCAUGAUCAAGAUAAUUAUUAUUACACAAGAAACUUGGUCUGCAGUCUAAAAGCCUGUCUACUCUCUAUAGAAAUGAAAAUGCAGUGUGGAGUUACCUGUGGAAAUGAAAAUAAUGAAAAUGAAAAUAAUUGGAUGUUAGAAAUAUGAAUAUUAUCAUCUAAAAGAAGUUGUGAUUUUAUUAUAAUUGGUUGUCACUGUGAUGUGAUAUCUAGAAUUAAAGAAUAUGUGUAAACUUUCAUGGUAUUUAGCCUUUCUUAAACUUUUUUUAAUUUAUACUUUCUAACAUAUGUAUCAACUUCUGUAUUUAGUCAGUGGCUCAUGGUAUUUAUAAUACGUCCUUAGCUAGUUAAAUGGAAUGGUGGUAUGGUACACAGUACUUGGGGAAAAAAACCUGUCUUGUAUCUAUCUGUGUGAAGAAAUGUGAAAAGUUCAUAUAUAAUAUAGAGAAUGGUCAGAGAAAUGCCCACAGUGAAUUAAAGCUUCAA